UUCAACCAAUGGCCCACCACCCCUUCCUUGCUCUUCUUCUCCUUCAUUUGCGUUCUUAAGGUGUUCCAUGUCAUGUCAUUGUAGCUAGGGAGGGAGAACCACCAUGAGAUCUUUCGAAGUAUCUCGGCCGCGAAACACGGGCACUGAUUUCGAUGAAGUGGGCCACGCCCAUGAUCAACGGAUAGUAAUCCCAACCAAGCUCGUAUCGAUCGCAGAGUCCUUCGAAAAGAAGGAAAGAUCACGGUUUGUCACUUCACAAAUUCCUACGGAUUUAACGGUCCAAGUACAUGACAUCACCUUUUAUGUUCACAAGUAUCCAUUGUUCUCGAGAUGUGGCUACUUGAGUCGACUCAGUCUCCAACCUUCAGACUCAACCUACGGCCAUGAUCUCAAGAUAGACAACUUCCCUGGCGGACCGGACACCUUCGAGACUGUUCUCAAGUUCUGCUACGGCCUUCCGAUCGAUCUGACACCAGCGAACGUCGCAUUCCUUCGGUGCGCAUCUGAGUUCCUGGAGAUGAACGAAGAUCUCGAAGAAGGCAACCUGAUCUCGAAGACAGAGGCGUUCCUCACCUUCGCCGUCCUCUCCUCCUGGAGAGACUCGAUCACCGUCCUCAGAUCAUGCGAGCCGCUAUCACCUUGGGCUGAGAACCUCCAGAUCGUCAGACGCUGCAGCGACUCGAUCGCAUGGAAGGCUUCUAGGGACAGCUCGACGCACGGAGGGGUGGGCCAUGACCAACAAUGGUGGUUUGAUGACGUGUCCACUCUCAGGAUCGAUUAUUUCGUGAGGGUGGUGACUACAAUCAAAGCGAAAGGAGUGGGCCCAGGGACGAUCGGCGCGUGUAUCAUGCGUUACGCUGAAAAAUGGUUGCCUGGAUUGGAUGGAGAAUGUGAUGGGCAUAGGGUGGGUUAUGGGAGUGAACGGCAUCAGUUGCAGUUGAGUAUCUUGAGUGGAAGAGGAUGUAACAACCACAUCCAUAACAACAGCAGCAGCAGCAGUAACAACAACCACAACCACAACAAAGACCAAAGGACAAUGAUAGAGAGCUUGGUGAGUAUACUUCCACCACAUAGAGAGGCUGUUUCAUGUGGAUUCUUGCUAUGGAUGUUGAAAAUGGCUAUAGUAUACUCGGCAACGCCGGCAUUGAUAACGGAACUGGAGAAGAGGGUGGGGAUGGCGUUGGAGGAUGCUACUGUCAGUGAUCUUAUGAUACCCAAUUACAUCAACGGUGAUGGAGGACUUCUCAGGAAUUCUUCAUCAUCAUCGUCAGGGGAAGAAUGUAGCGUGCACGACGUGGACGUGGUACAAAGGAUAGUGGAAUAUUUCCUUAUGCACGAUCAGCAGCAGAAAUGCGCGAAUAUCGCAGUGGGGAAGCUGUUAGAUGGCUACUUAGCUGAGAUUGCGACGGACUCAAAUCUGUCCAUCGCCAAAUUUCAACGGCUUGGCGAAACUCUGCCCCAGAACGCCCGAACCUGCGAUGAUGGCCUUUAUAGAGCCAUCGACACCUACCUCAAGACACAUCCAUCACUGACGGAGCACGAACGGCGGAGAUUGUGUAGAGUAAUGGAUUGCGAGAAGCUGUCGCUCGAUGCAUGCUUGCAUGCGGCCCAGAAUGAGAGAUUGCCUCUGAGAAUCGUUGUACAGGUACUGUUUACGGAGCAAGUGAAGAUGAGGGUUGCAAUCAAAGGCAAGGAUCUGAUCCCGAGCGAAGCCUUCUCGGAGCAGGAGAGUUCCAGAUCAUCCACCAAGAAAGAGAUCAAGAGCCUCAAGGCCGAGAUCGAGAAGAUGAAGGGGAUGCUGUCGGAGCUGCAACGGGACUAUGUGGAACUGCAGCAGGAGUUCGACAAGCUCAACAGCCAAAAGAGCGUUAAAGGAUGGAGCUCCAGGUGGAAGAAGAUCAAGAACUCCACAUUCCUCAAUGGGAAGAUGGACGGUGACGAGAAUCUAGAGAUCCAACCCAAGCAGGGGGGACCAUGCUGCCGAACACGGCGUUCGUCCAUCUCCUGAGAGGGAGAUUUGGACGUCCGUCGUCUUCUGUGAAUACAAACAGCUUCUAUUGACUGACAGGCCAGUUUCUUUACCACGUUUGUAGAAUAAGCUUAUUCUACAAUGUGGAGUGUGGGGCCCACUGCAAUGUGUUCACGACAUCCACUCCAUCUCAUGUUCUCCUUGUAACCGAAAAAUCUCGCUGAUCCACAACUAAGGCAGGCCACAUGAAAUCAUGCCUAAAACCUCUACGAUCUCAUCAUGGUAUGGCCCACGCAAGUUUUGGAAUCGCAUGAAUUUUGGUGCGUUCAUCCAUCCAGGUAGGGAGAAUCUUCUCAACGGAUUGGAUGGAAUAUAUAGAACACAUUGGACCCCACAUUAUGCGUGGAAGGUUUUAAUGGUCAGCGUCCCAUUCCAACUGUUCCCUGUGGGUGCGACCCACCUCUAUUUUGGACCGGUUCUAUUAUCGGCAUAAUGGGUAAAACUGAAAGAGGCACCUUAUGGACGGAUUGGAUGUGGCAUCUACCUUACGGUGGGCCCCACACAAUGUCUGUAGAAUAAACUUGUUCCACAAACGUGGUAGAGGAACCGGCCUCUCUAUUCUAAUGGGUGAAAAUGUGGUGCACGUGGGGAACACACACGGGUGUGCCACCUCUGGGCCGUGCAUCCAUUGGGCCCCACUGUGAAGAUGGCGAGGCAAAAUUUCAGGCCUUUUCUCAGCCGGUGUUCCCCAUUUUUAGAUCGACCCGAGUUGUGGACCCCACCAGAUGCAUUGCAAGUAGUAAGAAUGCAGAGAGAUUUGCAGGUAGAAUUAGCGAGCCCUGUGGCUGUUUUCUUCACGAAUUUUCGUGCAAGGUGGAGUGUGCAUUUGCUAAGAUAGUUGGGUUUGCCUUUUAAAAAAUAAUAAUAAUAAUACAGAUUUGAGAGGUAAUUCAUGUAUGCUUGAUUUAGAUAGUGUCCACUUUGUAGUUCGUAGCUUCAUCAAUAAGCUGGAUGUGAACAUAAAAGUCGUGGGAAAUAGUUUAAAGAGAAAAACUUUGAUA